AUGGCGCUUAUUUUACGUUAUGUCAACAAAAAGGGUAAAGUUAUUGAGCGAUUCCUUAGCAUUGCUCAUGUUAAAGAUACAUCUACAAAGUCAUUAAAAGAAGCAGUUUAUUCUUUGCUUUUGGAACAUUCAUUGAGUAAAUCUCAAAUACGGGGACAAGGUUAUGAUGGAGCUAGUAACAUGCAAGGAGAAAUUAAUGGUCUUAAAACUUUGAUUAUGAAUGAUACUCCUUCAGCAUAUUGCAUACAUUGUUUUGCUCAUCAAUUGCAAUUAACUCUUGUACUUGUUGCAAUAAAAUAUUAUGAGACCGAACAAUUUUUUGAUAUUCUUGUAAAUAUUUUAAAUAUUGUUGGAGGUUCUUUUAAGCGUAGGGAGAUGCUUCGAGAUGAUCAAGCAGAAAAAUUAGAGGAAUUACUAGUGUUUGGUGAAGUUCAUACAGGAAGCGGUUUAAAUCAAGAACUUGGACUUCAAAGGGCAGAGGUUUUCUAUGCUAUUAUUGAUUUGCAACUUUCGGAGCUUAACAAUCGUUUCAAUGAAGUGAAUACUGAUCUACUUCUUGGUAUGGCUAGUUUGAGUCCAGAUAAUUCUUUUGCAAAUUAUGAUAAAGAUAAGAUUAUGAAACUUGCUACACACUACCGAAUGAGUUCACUGAUUCUAUGCUUGAGGAUGUUAGUUUUGAGCUUGACAUCUAUAUUGACUAUGUGCGAGAGGCGGGCAAUGAAUUCUCUAACUUGA